AUGAGCCACACUCGAUCACAGUGUGUCGGAGCAGCAGAAGCAGCUAGCAGUUGGAUUCUUGGAUUCCGGUUACCGGAAUUAAUCAACCUUGCCCAAUCUCACUCUUUAGUAGAGAGAAAAGAAGGCGCAUGCCCUGCGGAUGUAUUUAUCUACCAUAGUGAGAGGUUUUAUGGUGGAUGGGGGACAUCGUUUGACGUUCGAAUUUACAGUCACGUGCAGCGCGGUGUGGGUGCUAUGGCUCAUGACCGACAGCAGUGCACCGGCCGGGCCAUAUCUAAGGCCGACGGCCUCUGGCUUGAGAUCUUGGUGAUCUGGGUGGUUGGUGGUUUGUAG